UGGGGCGUCGGAAGACGGCGACCAGUUGGAAACUUGCAAGCACUGCGAAGUACUGGAGGUAGAGAACAACUCAUUGAAGAGUCACAUGCACGAGCUUCAGGAAGAGAACAACAAACUGAAGACUACCAUCGACUACAUAACCUCACAAAAAGAUGGGAUUGAAGAUCUGCAAACUGCUGCUAGCGAACUGCUUCGGUUCCGGGAGGAGCUCCAGCAAGACAGGGCAGCAAGAAAUUCCGAAAAAGCUGAACAGUCUGCAAACGCUUGUCAGCAGGAAGACGACGAGCAGGUUGACCUGGGAGGAUAUAAAGUCAACAAGGCCGUGAUUGACAUGCUACAGCUAGGACCGGCGAAAACAGCAACGACUUAUGCUCGAGAACUUCUCAGGCAGGUGUUCACCACAGAAGAGCUGCUGGGGAAAUCAAUAACAGGAAAGCAGUCCAACGCCCACAAGGAGAAGGAGGCAAGGCCGCAGUUGGACCCUGUUAGGGUCAACGCAGUUGUCAAAUACACCUGCAAGAAAUUUCACCUUUUGAAAGAAACCACAGUGCGGUCGUCACUGUCGUCUAUGCUAAACAAGACGAAGGAGUCCAGCCCUGAGUAAAUCCACAUCAUGAGAGCUUCGACUGCUUUCAAGAAAAUAAAGGUGAU